UUGGAAACAAGAGCGGAAGCCAUCUUCAGAUUAUUUACCUGCAGCUGUUAGACCACGACUGGGAUGAGAUCCGUGGAUACAGUUGGGGUAGUGCUUGUUUGGCGGUCUUGUAUCGCCAUCUGUGUAGAGCAUCAUAGCGUGGAGCACAGCUGAUUGGAGGUCCUUUGGUUGUGCUACAGGUAAACCUCAUCAUUAUCCUUAAGCCUAGUCUGAUAAUGACUUGACGUUAUUUAUGCUUUACCUUUUAUUUGAUUUUUAAAACAGCUAUGGGCUUGGGAGCACAUCCAUGUAGGGAGACCAGGUAGGCCUGUUGUACACCGUUCAGGGCAGCUGGACCAGGACGAUCAGUACGCAGCAUACGAUGCUCCCCCGCUCCCUGAACCCGAUCAGGCAUACGGUUGUAGGUUCGUAACAUUAUACUUGUGUACUCAAAUUUUGUUAUAAUUAGCUAGUACAACUUCUUAAAUAAUUUGUUGCCACAGGUGGGUGGUUCCCAGACUAACACAUGCGCAUACAGCGAGAGGUCUUCUCUACUACUGUGACGCCCUCGAUCGACUCUCGGAUGAACAGGUGGAAUCUUGCACUACAUUUGUAAUCGUUUGUUUACUCUUUAUACUGUUUAUUGGCAUUGCCCUAACCUUUUCACAAUAUAUCCUUGUUGCAGAUGACAUGGGAUCCCUAUUCUGCUGUGUUGGUAGAGGCCAUGCCGGAACACUUGCUCGAGCAUCGUGCUGAGUGGCUUGCCAGGACCCCCAUGAUCUGUUUUGAGGUCGUAGAGAGCCACCUACCGGACUGAGUGUUGCGACAGUUCGGACUUCACCAGCCUAUCCCCAUGCCCUGUGACACUAGUAUUCGCCUCCACGGCAUUGACCGUCGUGGAAAGUUGGAGACAAACUAGGCACUGGAGCAUCAUCAAUUCAUUGAGCUUUGGGACCAGCGGUUGGAGUCCAUCGUUGACGGUCACCUGUUUUAGGGUGUUAUGGAUCCGCGUGAUCCUUACAUGGUAUGGUACAGGCAGAUUACACGCCUUUUCAUCAACCCUACCUACACCCCACCGUCCACGCACUACCAUCCAGCUUAUGAUGUUAUCAGCGGACUUGCGGGGGAUAUGGGUGCGAUGGUUGAUGCACUUUCAGAUGCCUUAGCAGCCGUACCCACUAGAGCCCAGGUUGAGCGGGUGCGAGAUAUGGGCAUACAUAGCUUGCAGAGAUAUGGCCAUGGCCAUCUCGUCCACCCCAGGGACGAUCAUGACCCCAACUCCUUCCAUUCACAGUUCGACUUCGGACAGAGUAGUGGUGGAGGUCAUACUUCGGGCUCUACACAGGCAGAGGAUUACUUCAUCCAUAACACCGCUCCCGGCCACAGCCAGGGUGACUCAUCGUCUCGCCAGCUGACUCCUCCAUCGUCCCGAGACCCAUUCACCACCAUUCAGCAUUACACGAGGCGUCCGAGGCGUGUUCGUAGACAGAUGGAGGACACACAGGACGGAGAUCAGUUAACUCCAAUACAUGAGUCCGGAUAGUAUUAGUUAGUUGAUCCUUUUGUGAUACUCAGAUAUUUAACAAUGUUGUAUAUAACGCUUACAUUAUUAAUACAAGAAAUGUUUUCUAAAUGACUCUCUGUACAAUUUGAAGUUUAUUUCCCUUAUUUGUCCGAAUUUGACUUUUGUUAGUGAAACUAUAUCUUUUAUAUCCGUUAUAUGUAUCAAGCAGCAUAUAUUUGGUCUCCUGCACUUAAAGUGCUGUUUCACGAUGGUUAUCAUGUUGUUAGGGUUGUUUCCAGUGUUUGAUGGUUGUUGGUGGUGGUCGAUGGUGGUGGAAAGGUUGGGGCUGGUGGUGGGAAUGCUCUUGCGUUGUUUAGGGUGUUUUAUGGUAGUUUAUGGGUGGUUGAGAGUGGCGGG